AUGAGCUUCGCCGGGGUCAGUUCUCGUGGCUACGGAGAUUUUGGUGGUCUAGGUAACUUUAAUAAUUUCGAAGGUAUGAUGGAUCCGCAACAACCGCAUAUUAAAAUGGAUGAAGGGGCUACGCCUCAACCCUUAUCGGGUAAUGGUCGCCGUCCAGGCAAUAGCAAUUAUACUUUACAGCAAGAAUUUGGUUGGUUUAAACAAGAUUUGCUGCAAAUUCGAAAUGCUGUUGUUUUACUAGAAAAGGAAAAAGAUAAUCUGCGCCAAGCAGUUCGAAAACUUAAGUUGGAAAAUGCUCGAAUAAAGCAAAAAAUGAAGCGAUUGCAAGAAGGGAUCACUGUUUUAAUGGGAUCCUCCGCCGAUUCCGACAAUUUGAAAGUUGGAGCGGUCGAAGCUGAGCUGGAUUAUGAUGAAAUCGGUCGCGAUUUUAUCCUCGUCGGCGGUGCGCAGGAUCCUCUCAGUUUAAGAUAUGAAGUUGCCAUUCGCGACGAAAGAGGAAUUGAACACAAAUCUGCUGAAAGAUACUACUGGUAUAAAAUGGCUGAACAUUUCGGCGAUGCGGAAACUAUGUCAAAAAUUUUGGAUGCUCCAUCAACAGCAAAAGCAGAAGAAUCCAUGCGUGAAAUCAAAAAUUUCGAUGAAAAUAGUUGGAAUGAGGUGAAAAUGGCCGUCUGGGAGGCUGGUCAGCGCUUAAAAUUUGACCAAACUCGUUGGAUUUCGAAUCUUUUGGUUUAUACCGGAAAAACUUAUAUUGCUGUUGCGUCCCAAGAUAAGGUAUUUGGUACUGGAUGGCGAAAAAAUCGUGACGAAGCGAAUAAACCAAUUUUCUGGGACGGUGAAAAUCAGGGAGGGAAGGCUUUGAUGAGAUUGCGUCAGCAGAUCAAAGAGACUCAUUCUUGGUCCGGUCCGUAUGAGGAACAAGAAAUUGAAAAACGUUUUAAUGAGCUUAAGAAAUAUGUAUGGCGUCGCAUCGAUCCUGCACGUCGAAUUGGAAUGCUUCGAGGACGUGGACGUGGCUAUGCACGUCGUGGAACAUAUGGUGGGCGUAACUAUGGUGCGCCAAGUGCAGGAUUGUCAGCAGGUGUCCGUCAUUAA